GAUGACAUUUCAUGUUAAUUGGAGACCGAAAGUAAGUUCCUAUAAAACUUAGAGAGUAAUAACAAGAAGUUUCAUAAUUUUCCUUGAUCAUUCUUGCUAUUUCUUCAAGCAAAAAUGGCAAACGAAGGUAUCAACCAAGAAAACUAUCCCAUCAAAACUAUAGUAAUACUAGUUCAAGAAAAUCAUUCAUUUGAUCACAUGCUAGGCUGGAUGAAAUCUCUCAACCCCGAAAUCGACGGUGUUACUGGAAAAGAAUCCAACCCAUUAUCCACCACCGAUCCAGACUCGACCCGAAUCUAUUAUAGCAACGACUCCGACUUCAUCCAGCCAGACCCUGGCCACAUGUACCAAGAGGUUUACGAACAAAUCUUUGGUGUGCCAUGGACCAAAGAAUCCUCAUCAUCUGGAUUCCCUCCAACCAUGGAGGGUUUUGCACAACAAGCUGAAAGCGUAGAGGUAGGGCUAUCUAAGGUUGUAAUGUCUGGUUUUAAGCCGGAUGAUGUUCCGGUUUAUCAAGAUCUGGUGAUGGAGUUUGCGGUUUGUGACCGAUGGUUUGCUUCGGUGCCGGGUGAGACGCAACCGAAUAGGUUAUAUCUUCACUCGGCCACUUCGAAUGGUGCGAUAAGUAAUGAUACCUCGAGACUGAUCCAAGGGUUUCCUCAGAAGACCAUAUUUGAAUCGUUGGAGGAAAGUGGUUUAUCUUUUGGAAUUUAUUAUCAAUACCCUCCAUCAACACUUUUCUAUAGGAAUCUAAGACAACUGAAGUACAUUGACAACUUUCAUCAGUUUGAUCUCAAUUUUAAACAAGAUUGCGAGGAAGGAACGUUACCGAAUUAUGUUGUUAUAGAACAAAGAUAUUUUGACCUUCAAAUAUUGCCUGGAAACGAUGACCACCCUUCUCACGACAUCUCAGAAGGCCAAAAGUUAAUAAAAGAAGUCUACGAAGCAUUGAGAUCGAGUCCCCAGUGGCAUGAAAUCUUGUUUCUAGUCACAUAUGAUGAACAUGGUGGUUUUUACGAUCAUGUCCCCACCCCUGUCUCUGAUGUCCCGAGCCCUGAUGGCAUUGCGAGUCCUGCACCAUAUAACUUUCAAUUCGACCGUCUUGGAGUCAGGGUUCCAACUAUUUUGAUUUCUCCUUGGAUCGAAAGGGGGACCGUGCUGCAUGGGCCUUCAGGACCUUACCCAAGUUCACAAUUUGAACAUUCUUCCAUUCCAGCGACUGUAAAGAAGCUCUUCAACCUAAAAGAUUUUUUGACAAAACGAGACGAGUGGGCAGGCACUUUUGAAGGCAUUCUCACUAGAGCCAGUCCAAGAACAGAUUGUCCAGUUAGCUUACCUGAGCCUGAGAAAAUGAGAGAUGGUGAAGCAAACGAAGAUGCCAAAUUAACCGAAUUUCAAGUGGAACUUGUACAAUUAUGUGCAGUGUUAAAAGGGGACUAUAAAGAUGGCAUUAGUCUUGAAAAGUUAGUAGAGAAUAUGAAGGUUAAGGAAGCAACGGGAUAUAUGGAUGUUGCAUUCAAACAAUUCUGUGACGACUGCAGAAAAGCCAAGGAAGAGGGGAAAGAUGACUCGUACAUACCGCCAAAAUUCCUCUCAUCCUCACAACCCUCACGAUCGACCAGCUCCAUCUUCGGCCGACCAUAUCCACCGCCUGCAGCAACACCCACCUUCGGCCGGACAAAUGCCACCAGCAUCUCCGGCUAUGAUUUUCUGAUCGCGGUUUCUUUCUUAAUCUCUCCACCAACGAAUCUAUCUCCCCUCAUCUCCGCCACACCUCCCUCUUCAUCCACUAACGAAUCUGUCUCCACCCGAACGCCACCGGUGGUCGGACCGGAGGUGGUGUCGGCGGUGUUCAGUGGAGGUGUUAUGUUGCUGGAGGUGACGUCUUAG